AUGGCGAGCAAAAUUCCAUUCGAUGUCAUACUUGACAAUGUGCGUUGUACCGUCAACAAACAAGAGUUGGACCGAGUCCAUCUUUUAACCAAACAAGAUUUAUACAAUAUUGAGUCAGAGUUUGGUUUAGAUGAGACUGUGCGACAUAAGAAUGAUGCUGUCAGUGUAGAUGCGUCGGUACAGGAGGAGAACAUGUCAGCCAAGAGUUGUGUCUUGUUGUAUAAACCACAAAAUGAAGUAGUUGAGCAGUACACAACUUUCAAAAAAGAGGAUUUUGCCCUGGGAAUCAUGACUCCCGCUCAAGAAGAAAUGUUAAGAAAAUUCGGCAGUGACUGUGUGUGCGUUGAUGGGACCCACGGACUUAAUAGUUAUGAUUUCGAGGUCGUCACUCUAAUGGUCAUUGAUGAUAUGCGACAAGGGUUCCCAUGUGCAUUUUUUAUUUGUAGUCGCAUCGACUCCGAAACAGUAGGCACAUUUUUCUCUUUCAUUAAAGAGAGAUUAGGCGACCAGCUGAAGCCAACGGUGUUCAUGUCUGAUAUGGCCGACUUAUUCUACAAUGGAUGGCUACCAGUCAUGGGCCCUGUAGAAAAACGCCUUUACUGUACAUGGCACGUGGACAGGGCCUGGCAAACAAACCUGACUAAAAUAAAAGAAAAAGAAAAAAGGUUAGAGGUUUACAAAAAACUAAGAACUUUGCUUCAAGAAACUGAUCAAAUUGCUUUCAUGAAGAUGCUACCGUCGAUAACAGACGCGUUGUGUGAAGAUGAGACCACUAAAGAGUAUGGCGAGUAUUUCAAGUCUUACUAUUCACACUACUACAUGCGAUGGGCGUAUUAUUACAGGAUCAAUGCAGGGGUGAAUACGAACAUGCAUCUUGAAAGUAUGCACAAAACGAUAAAACAUUUGUUUCUGAAAGGAAAGACUGUAAAACGACUAGAUAGGGCUAUUCAUGCCAUCAUGCAGAUGACGAAGCAAAAACUCUUCGAUCGAUUAACAAUAUUAGAAAAAGGCAAAUUAACUUCAAAGUUAAAAGAUGUACGAUCUCGCCACAAAACAUCGCUAGAAAUGGACGCAAAUCUGAUUGUAAACUACGGUAAUUCCUGUUGGGAAGUUGCAUCAUCAUUAGGACAAGUCUACACCGUGAGACUUGUAAACCCGGACUGCAACUGUCGCAUUGAAUGCAAACAUUGUUCUGCGUGCAUCCACAGAUACAGCUGCACUUGCAUUGACGCCUGCAUAAAGUGGAACAUGUGCAAGCAUAUUCACUUACUUUGCCGGAAAUUGAAGUCUGUGGAAUCAACCGCUACUCAAAACACUGAAAAGUCAGGAGAUGAAGUGUGCAAUCUACAAAUUGACAUUGAUAUGAGUAAUACCUCUGGCGCAGAAAAAGCCGCAAUUUUAGAAGAUAUUGGAAAUACAAACACAGACAACAGUUCUGCACUCGAGGGUAAAAAGAUGCAGUUGUUAGACAGUUUCAAAUUAAUAGUAAACCAAAUGGAAUCCAUAGAAGAAGUCAAGACAUGGGAGCAUGCUAUUAAACCACUUCAAUUAAAACUUAAACCUAUAGGCAAGGACAGCAACUGCUUAGUGACGGGACCUUCGUUUCCCGAUGUGAAGUCAGGCAAAAGCAAAAAUAUCGAUCCACAAAGGCGAUUUCUCUCACUUAAGAAAAAAAAGAAAGCAAGGAUUUCAAAAAAACCUACAAGUGAAGAGUGUCAACAAAUUGCUCUAGACGCCCUUUUGCCGAAGCUGACAACAAAGUUGGAGGAGACAGCUAGUGAUAAAUCACUGCCUCGUUUGCCUGGAGCACAAGGCAGUGAUGAUGGUAGCUGUUCCUUGCGGACAUCCCGCUGUCUGCGAGGACUGUGCCCCACAACUGGAACGGGAACAUCGGUUUUGCGUAGCUUGUAG